AUGGAUAUUGAAGAUUUUCGUAUUUACGGGAAACAAAUGGUUGAUUACAUCUGCAAGUAUUUGGGCGAUUUGGAAGAAAAAAGAGUUACGUCAAACGUUGAACCCGGAUAUUUAACGAAAUUGUUACCAAACGAGGCACCUUUCGACCCGGAAGAUUGGGAACAAAUCAAGGCCGAUAUCGAUUCGAAAAUCAUGCCAGGAAUUACUCAUUGGCAACAUCCGCAUUUUCACGCUUAUUUCCCAUCAGGAAAUUCAUUUCCAUCGAUUUUAGGUGAUAUGUUAGCGGAUGCAAUAGGUUGUAUUGGAUUUUCUUGGGCUGCCAGUCCAGCUUGUACAGAAUUAGAAACAAUAGUACUCGAUUGGUAUGGAAAAGCAAUUGGACUUCCAUCAAAUUUUAUAACAUCGCAACCAAAUAGUAAAGGUGGUGGUGUGAUUGAAUCAUCAGCUAGUGAAUGCGUUUUAGUAACAAUGUUAGCAGCAAGAAAUGCAGCUAUAAAUUAUUUAAAAAAAGAAAAUACCCAAUUAGAUGAUAGUAUUUUUUUACCAAAAUUAAUAGCGUAUUGUUCAAAAGAAGCACAUUCUUGCGUCGAAAAAGCUGCAAAAAUCCUCUUAGUAAAAUUACGAGAAUUAGAACCGGAUGAAAAUGGAAGCUUACGUGGUGAAGCCCUACAAAAUGCGAUCGAAGAAGAUGAAGCGAACGGAUUAACUCCGUUUUUUGUUUCUGCAACAUUAGGAUCGACCGGAAGUUGUGCUUUUGAUAAUAUAGAAGAGUUAGGAAGGCUUUGCGUAACGCAAUCUUGUACAUGGUUACACGUAGAUGCAGCAUACGCCGGAAGUGCUUUUAUUUGCCCCGAAUUAAAAUAUUUAAUGUCCGGAAUUGAAUACGCGGAUUCUUUUAAUGCAAACCCGAACAAGUUUUUACUGGUUAAUUUUGAUUGUUCGGUACUUUGGGUUAAAAAUCGUUUAAAAUUAACGACAGCUUUAAUUGUGGACCCCCUUUAUUUACAACAUGCGAAUUCAAACCAAGCGAUUGAUUAUCGACAUUGGGGAAUCUCUUUAAGUAGACGAUUUCGAUCAUUAAAGUUAUGGUUUGUUAUGAGAAAAUAUGGAAUAUCCGGUUUACAAAAUUAUAUUAGGAACCAUAUUAAAUUAGCUACGUAUUUCGCUUCUUUGGUAAGAAAUGACAAAAGAUUUGAAGUGAUGAACGAUGUUGUAUUGGGCUUGGUUUGUUUGAGAUUAAUCGCACCGGAUGCGAUAAAUCGGAAUCUUUUAGCGAAGAUAAAUUUGUCGGGACAUCUUCAUAUGAUUCCUUCAUGUGUUAGAGGUAAAUUCGUUUUGAGAUUUUGCGUAGUUUCUGAACGUGCUAAAAAUAAAGAUAUGGAUUACGCUUGGAGUGUUAUUAAAAAAUUCGCUGAUGAAGUAAUGAGUUCGUUAGAUAUUCCGUUAACGUCAUUAUCCGAAUCAAAAGCGAAAAGAUUUUCUUUUACUCGCAGCGUAAGUUGGGAUAUUUAUAAAAAAUCGUUAAGGAAAGGUAGUUUAUACGAUGGUGCUACUCCAAUUUUGGUACCAGAUGAUGAGGAGAUGGAAUCUUAAGGAUUCUUAGAUGAAACAUUUUCUCUCAUUUAAAGUAAAUUAUAUUAUUGGAAAUGGUACAGUCUUAAGAUGAACGUAAAAGUUGAUUAAACCUAUUUAAAUACACCUACGAAUUUUUUCUUUUGAAUUUGCGUAAACUGGUUUGUACAUGCUUUUUACAACUUAAAAACUAAUAAACGUAAUACUGACUAUUUUCUCGGAUUUAAUUCCGCCUCAUCUCAUUAUUUCAUCUUUUUUUUAUCACAUUUGUAUUUUAUGAUAUGUUAUUGGUAAACACUUAUUUAUUACCAAUACUACUAAAAUAUCUAAAAUAAAUUAAUUUACAAAAACCAAA